GAUUCGGCACUUGACUACAUUUAUUGUGAAAGCGUUCCCGUUAGGUUUUCCGUUUCUGGACCGACCGAGCUGUUCCGCUUCAACUCGCGGCCGUCCGGCUUCGGCAAGUCCAACACCCGCCGACGUUUGUGCCCCUCGAAGGUCCGCUUCACGCUGCUCCUCGUGCCGCUAUGGCCCCGCCGCAGAGUUGAGGCGGCCCCGCUUUGGAGCCCGCUUAUCUUUGGCCUAGCUAACUCUCCAGAGGCCACCAUGAGCUCGGAGGGUGCCGACAGGCCCGAUAGCAGCAGCAGCAGCAGUAGCGGCGGCGGCGGCGGCGGCUCCGACAAAGAACCCGACAUGGACGCCUCGGACCACGAUGGCGACCUCCCCCGGAGCUGCCCUCCUUCCCCGACUUCCGAAGAACGCGGAGAGCCAGCCGCCGGGGCUCGGCCGGCUGUCGGCGGUUCGGGGUGCGACGCUGGCCGGCCGAAGAGUCUGUUCUCCUGGCUUCAGAACCGGUCCGUUCGGCGGGGGGUGUUCGUGGACCCGGUCCGGGACAACUUUCGGAUCAUGACGAGCUUGUACAGCUCCAUGAACCCGGCGGCCGACUCGGUCAACCUGAGCACCAAGACCCACGGAGCCGUCUUCAACCUGGAGUACUCUCCGGACGGGUCUGUGUUGACGGUGGCCUGCGAGCAGACCGAGGUCCUCCUGUUCGACCCCGUCUCCUCCCGACACAUCAAAACCUUGACGGAGGCCCACGAGGAUUGUGUCAACAACAUAAGGUUCCUGGACAACCGCCUUUUCGCCACGUGCUCGGACGACACCACCAUCGCCCUGUGGGACCUGCGCAAGCUCAACUCCAAAGUGUGCUCGCUGCACGGCCACGCCAGCUGGGUGAAGAACAUCGAAUACGACACCAACACGCGCCUGCUCGUCACCUCCGGCUUCGACGGCAACGUCAUCACGUGGGACACCAACAGAUUCACGGAGGACGGCUGCCCGCACAAGAAGUUCUUCCACACGCGCUACCUGAUGAGGAUGCGGCUGACGCCCGACUGCUCCAAGAUGCUCAUCUCCACGUCGUCGGGCUACCUGCUCAUCCUGCACGACUUGGACCUCACGCAGUCGCUGGAGGUGGGCAGCUACCGCAUGCUGCGAGCCAGGCGCACCCCGCUCACGUCAGACGGCGGCGCGCUGGCGUCCCGCUCGGCCGGACCUCGCCACGGAAACGAGCCCGGCAAGCUGCACCCCCACAGAGAAGGCCUCUCGCCCAGGAACAGCCUGGAGGUUCUGACCCCGGAGAUCCCGGGCGAGCGGGACCGAGGCAGCUGCAUCACGUCGCUGCAGCUGCACCCCAAAGGCUGGGCCACGCUCAUCCGCUGCUCCAGCAACAUGGACGACCGCGAGUGGACCUGCGUGUACGAGUUCCAGGAGGGCGCCCCCACCCGUCCGCCGGUGUCCCCGCGCUGCUCCCUGCGCCUGACGCACUACAUCGAGGAGGCCAACGUGGGGCGGGGCUACAUCAAGGAGUUGUGCUUCAGCCCGGACGGCCGCCUCAUCUGCUCGCCGUACGGCUACGGCGUUCGCCUGCUGGCCUUCGACGGCAGCUGCGGCGAGCUGGCCGACUGCGUGCCCGUGCAGACGGGCUGCCUGCGCGAGGUGCGCGCCAUCUACUCGCACAGCGACGUGGUGCUCACCACCAAGUUCUCGCCCACCCACUGCCAGCUGGCCUCGGGCUGCCUCAGCGGCCGCGUGGCGCUCUACCAGCCCAAGUUCUAGCGGACCGCGCCCAGGUACGCCCGCGACUUCUAUGCACACGUUUCUGUGCGGGAACGUUUGUUUUCCGGCGGGGGGGGCGGCGUUCCGACCCGAGCGGCGACGACGACGGAUGUUCCAGUUCAUCCGGACCGCCGGCGCGUUCUGGGUUGCGGGGUGGGCUCAUCUCGCCUCCCUCGCUUACGUGGGGUUUUCUCCGGCUCCUCCGGCUUCCUCCCGCAUUCCGAAAACACACACGAGCGACGACGGCGGCGAUGAUUUGAAAACGGGAAAGUCGGGUUUGUCUUUGUGUGUCCUGCUGUCGGCGGGGUGCGCCUUGAGGGGGGGGGACAGUUCUCAAGAGAAACAACUUUAUUUUUGAAAUAUUCAUGCCUGUUUUUUUCCUUGAAAAGCAGUGACUUCAAUCUUCUGACUUUAUUGGGGGAAAAAGUCCAUUUUGGGGGGAAAAAAAUGCUACUUUUUUCUCUUUUUUUUUUUGGAAACAAUACAAAAAAAAAAAAAUAAUAAUCGUAUGAUAUUACCACUUUGUUGACAAAACAUGACCAACAUUCAAAGUUUCUUAAAAAAAGGUAAAAAGGGGUUUGGGGUGGGGGGAGGACAAUUCUCAAGAGAAACAACUUCAUUUUUGAAAUAUUCAAGUCGCUUAAAUCUUCUGACUUUAUUGGAAAAAAAGUUAAUUUUGGGGUGGAAAAAAUGUUACUUUUUUUCAAAAAAUUUUUUUGAAACACUACAA